GCCCACCUGGAAGGCCUUCGCCAGGCUGAGGCCGCGGUGCCGCAUGAGGUACGCGGUGCAGACGGCGGCCGAGCGGCUGCGGCCGUUCUUGCAGUAGACUAGGCAGGCGCCGCCGGCGCGCACCGCGGCCUCCAUGGCGGCGCAUGUGGGCUCCAGGUGCGCCAGCAGGUCCUCAGCCGGGUCGUCGAACACGGGCACGCGCAGCUCUGCCACGCCGGGCGCGCGCGGGCCGGGCUGCUGGCGGGAGACGUUGACGCACAGCGUGACUCCCGCGCGCGCCAGCUGCUCCUCCGCGCCCGCGGCUCGCGCGCUCCCGAGGAAGAGUGAGGGCGCGACGCGCACGAACGGUGGAGGAGUUGGCUCUGUCUCUGGCCAAAAGUGAAGGCCACACUCCCGUGACUGCUCUGGGAAUGAGCUUGGUGUCUAAUAACCCACGAAGGAGAGAGCACUUUGGAAGCCUCCUCUGUUCUCUCAUGGCCAUAAGGGGAAGCCAGCCUUGGGUGAAAGCAGAGGAGAUGGGAGAGCCAAGGUCCUUGAUGCCACUGUUGGGCCACUGAAAUGAAUCAAACAAAACCUGAAGUCCCUCCUCCUCCUGGACUGUUUCAUGAAUCAUCAUCACCCUUUAUGGUUGGACGAUGGUUGAGGAAGGCCCAGCUGUUUCCCACCAUGGUGCCUCUGUACAUCCCAGUCCAGUUCCUGAAAUGCGCUCUGUAGCCUGGAGAGCUCCUGCGCAUCCUGUGAAGCCCCAUCAAGAAUCCUCUCUCCUGCAGUCCUUCCCCGAGGCCCUCGGUCCAAGACAGCCAAUCCCUCUUCUCUGCGGUGACUUGCGGCCUCCCUCAUCUCGUUCCCUCCGCAGGCCUCGAGUUACCCUUGCGCCUUCCACAUUUACUGAAUGAACAAAGGCCGGGGCUGGAAUCAGGCAGGGCUUGAGCAAGCCGUGGCUCCACGUGCUAGGUUGGAAGACCACAGACAUGGAAGGGGCCCAUGCCUCCCUUAGCUUAGAGGACGAAGUCUCUGGGGCUGGCAGCCCCCAACGCCCGCUAGAGGGGAAGGGCGGCGAGACCCCUGCUGCCGAGGAGCCGGGGUCCCUGAAGAACUAUGCUGUCUUCGCCACAAGGGAUGUUUCAGCAGCCCCUGAGAAGGAAGAGGAGGAAGCUGAGGGCCCGCUGAGGGCGCAGGACCUGAGGGAGUCCUACAUCCAGCUCGUCCAGGGUGUGCAGGAGUGGCAGGAUGGUUGCAUGUACCAGGGGGAGUUUGGGUUGAACAUGAAGCUUGGAUAUGGCAAAUUCUCUUGGCCCACAGGCGAGUCAUACCAUGGGCAGUUUUACCGGGACCACUGCCAUGGCCUGGGUACCUACAUGUGGCCAGAUGGCUCCAGUUUCACGGGCACAUUUUACCUCAGCCACCGAGAAGGCUACGGCACCAUGUACAUGAAGACACGGCUUUUCCAGGGGCUGUACAAAGCGGACCAGCGGUUUGGGCCAGGCGUCGAGACCUACCCCGAUGGCAGCCAGGACGUGGGGCUGUGGUUCCGAGAGCAGCUCAUCAAGCUGUGCACCCAGAUUCCCAGUGGCUUCUCCCUCCUCAGAUACCCUGAGUUCUCCAGCUUCAUCACCCACAGCCCUGCCAGGAUCAGCCUCUCAGAAGAGGAGAAAACGGAGUGGGGACUGCAGGAGGGACAGGACCCCUUUUUCUAUGACUAUAAGCGGUUUCUUCUGAAUGACAACCUAACGCUGCCUCCAGAAAUGUACGUCUACUCGACCAACAGUGACCACCUGCCCAUGACAAGCUCUUUCCGCAAAGAGCUGGACACCCGCAUCUUCCUCAAUGAAAUUCCUCCGUUCGUUGAGGAUGGAGAACCGUGGUUCAUAAUCAAUGAGACCCCUUUGUUGGUCAAAAUCCAGAAGCAAACUUACAAGUUCAGGAACAAGCCAGCUCACACCAGCUGGAACAUGGGCGCCAUCCUGGAGGGGAAGCGCAGCGGCUUUGCACCCUGCGGGCCCAAAGAGCAGCUUUCCAUGGAGAUGAUCCUAAAGGCUGAGGAAGGGAACCACGAAUGGAUUUGUAGGAUCCUGAAGGACAACUUUGCUAGUGCUGACGUGGCGGACGCAAAGGGCUACACUGUGCUUGCUGCGGCUGCUACUCACUGCCACAACGACAUUGUCAACCUUCUCCUGGACUGUGGGGCCGACGUGAACAAGUGCUCAGAUGAGGGUCUCACGGCACUCAGCAUGUGUUUCCUCCUCCACUACCCCGCCCAGUCCUUCAAGCCCAAUGUUGCUGAACGGACCAUACCUGAGCCCCAGGAACCUCCAAAAUUCCCAGUUGUUCCAAUCCUUUCAUCAUCAUUUAUGGACACAAACCUGGAGUCUCUGUACUAUGAGGUGAACGUGCCUUCCCAGGGUAGCUAUGAGCUGAGGCCACCGCCAGCACCACUGCCACUGCCACACGUCUCAGGCAGCCAGGAGGGCGGCCACUUCCAGGACACCGGGCAGUGUGGGGAGUCCGUGGACCACAGGAGCAGCUCUCUGAAGGGGGACUCCCCGUUGGUGAAGGGCAGCCUUGGCCAUGUGGAAAGUGGGCUCGAGGACGUGUUGGGAAACACAGACCGGGGCAGUCUGUGCAGUGCUGAGACGAACUUUGAGUCCAACGUGUGUGUGCGCAACUUCUCCAUCGAGCUCUCGCAGGCCAUGCUGGAGAGAAGCGCCCAGUCCCACAGCUUGCUGAAGAUGGCCUCGCCCUCACCGUGCACCAGCAGCUUCGACAAAGGGACCAUGCGGAGGAUGGCGCUGUCCAUGAUCGAGCGGAGGAAGCGCUGGCGGACCAUCAAGCUGCUGCUGCGCCGGGGCGCGGACCCCAACCUGUGCCGCGUGCCCAUGCAGGUCCUGUUCCUUGCUGUGAAGGCCGGGGACGUGGAUGGGGUGAGGCUGCUGCUGGAGCACGGGGCGAGGACCGACAUCUGCUUUCCGCCGCAGCUGCGCACCCUGACACCACUCCACAUUGCUGCCGCCCUUCCUGGGGAGGAGGGGGUACAGAUUGUGGAGCUGCUGUUGCAUGCCAUCACCGAUGUGGACGCCAAGGCAUCCGACGAGGACACUUACAAGCCCGGCAAGCUGGACCUGCUGCCCUCAAGUCUGAAGCUCAGCAACGAGCCAGGCCCUCCUCAAGCCUACUACAGCACGGACACAGCCCUCCCCGAGGAGGGGGGCAGGACGGCUCUGCACGUGGCCUGCGAGCGGGAGGACGACAACAAGUGUGCCAGGGACAUAGUCCGGCUCCUUCUAUCCCACGGAGCAAAUCCUAACCUGCUGUGGAGUGGCCACUCCCCGCUCUCCCUGUCCAUUGCCAGUGGGAAUGAGCUGGUUGUGAAGGAGCUCCUGACCCAGGGAGCUGACCCCAACCUGCCCCUGACCAAAGGCUUGAGCAGUGCCCUGUGUGUUGCCUGUGACCUGACCUACGAGCACCAGAGGAACAUGGACAGCAAGCUGGCCCUGAUUGACCGACUCAUCAGUCACGGGGCCGACAUCCUGAAGCCUGUAAUGCUCAGGCAGGGGGAAAAGGAGGCGGUGGGCACAGCCGUGGACUAUGGCUACUUCAGAUUCUUCCAGGACCGGAGGAUUGCCCGCUGCCCCUUCCACACGCUGAUGCCGGCAGAGCGCGAGACGUUCCUGGCGCGGAAGCAGCUCCUGGAGUACAUGGGCUUGCAGCUACGGCAGGCUGUCUUUGCCAAGGAGAGCCAGUGGGACCCCACGUGGCUGUACCUGUGCAAGAGAGCGGAGCUGAUCCCCAGCCACAGGAUGAAGAAGAAGGGCCCCAGCCUGCCCAGGGGCCUGGAUGUGAAGGAGCAGGGGCAAAUUCCCUUCUUCAAGUUCUGCUACCAGUGUGGCCGCUCCAUCGGGGUCCGCCUCUUGCCCUGCCCUCGCUGCUACGGGAUCCUGACCUGCAGCAAGUACUGCAAGACCAAGGCCUGGACCGAGUUCCACAAGAAGGACUGCGGGGACCUGGUGGCCAUCGAUUCAGGCCACUUUUCCAACAUUUCCAGAUCGGCCUGUUGGGAGGUGGGCAUCGGGGCCACUGAGGCAGCCUGGCUCUUCCUCACCUACUGUGGCAGCAUAAUGCUUGUCCUCGUCCUGGAAGGGGACACCACCCCAUCCCUGCAGAGCUGGAACAUGGACCCCUGGGGGCUCUGCUGACAGCUGGGAGCUUCACUGAACUCCUAGGGGACUCUGCUGACAUCCAGAGGCUUCACUGACACCUGGGGGCUCUGCUGGUCACCAGUGCCUCUGGACCACAGGGCAGUUGGCCUUGGGGCUCCUUCAGGAAAUUUCCUCCCAGCCUGCCGUCUCAGAUGUCUGUCUUAGUGUGGACGUCAACAGGUGUCUGCUUCUAGAAACACUCUGGUCUCCCGCAAUCCCCUCCUCCCCUCCUUGGUGUGAACAGGGCCCGGUGCCGCAAGGGUGGCGGGCAUUGCCGAGGCUGGUGUGCGAAGCUGUGCAGUGGUGACCGCUCUCCUGGGACCUGGCUGGGUUCCCGGCCUGGUGGGGACGGGAGUGGGUCUGGGAAAGCCCCUGCCCUUAGGCCUGUGCCCUGAAGUGAAUGGCUGCCGACCUCCUUCCCCCUCCAUAAAAUGGGGCUUUUUGUUUUCUUUUGAGACGAAGUCUUGCUCUGUCGCCAAGUCUGGAGUGCAGUGGCAUGAUCUUGGCUCACUGCAACCUCCGCCUCCCCGGUUCCAGCGAUUCUCCUGCCUCAGCCUCCCGAGUAGCUGGGAUUACAGGCUAAUUUUUUGUAUUUUUAGUAGAGACGUGGUUUCACCGUGUUAGCCAGGAUGGUCUCGAUCUCCUGACCUGGUGAUCCACCCACCUCGGCCUCCCAAAGUGCUGGGAUUACAGGCAUGAGCCACCGCGCCCGGCCAAUGGGGCUUUUAAUAACAGGUGCCCUGGGUGAGGUCGCAGCUCCUUGGCUUGUAGACUCCAGGAUGGGACUUGGUGGGUGUGGCAGGCCCCUCUUUGAAGAGUCACGGCAGAUAGCCCUCAGUCCUUGCUGCAUCCCGACUCCUUGCCUGCAAAAGCGCUAGACAGAGCACAGUCCUCAGCCGCCCCACACAGCCCGAGUUCUGGAGCCAGGCCUGGGGGGAGGCCAGCUCCAGCCCCCUCUUCCCCCUCCCCACACCUUUUCCUCCUCCAGUGACACAACUGGAGCAAGUUUCCAGGAGGAGAGAAGAAUUUCAGUGAAGCAGCAGCUGCACGUCCGAGGCUUGGGGAGGACCCAGGACUGUGUGGGUUUCUUACCUGCCUGAGCCACCUCAGGGAAUCUUCCAGCCUAAUGCAGGCAUUUCUGCACCUUUGGGGUCAUGCUUUGUAGCAGUGUCUCCCUUGCGACCUUGCAAUAAAUUGGCCCCACGGGGUGAUUUUGACAGUC